AUGGCUAACACCCCCACCCCGCCCCAGACGUGGUUGUUCGGCUACGAGCUGACCGACACCAUCAUGGUGUUCUGCGAGGAGAAGAUCCUCUUCAUGGCCAGCAAGAAGAAGGUGGAGUUCCUCAAGCAGGUGGCCCACAGCAAGGGCGGGGAGAGCGCCAACGGCGUCCCCGCCAUCACCCUCCUCGUCCGGGAGAAGAACGAGAGCAACAAAGCCAACUUCGAGAAGAUGAUCGAGGCCUUGAAGGCCAGCAAAGGUGGCAAACGCAUCGGCGUCUUCAGCAAGGACAAGUUCCCCGGUGACUUCAUGAAGAGUUGGAACGACUGCCUCAGCAAGGAGGGCUUCGAGAAGGUGGACAUCAGCGCCGUGGUGGCCUACACCAUGGCGGCCAAAGAAGAUGGAGAGCUCAACUUGAUGCGCAAAGCGGCAAAAAACACCUCCGAGGUCUUCACCAAGUUCUUCAAAGAGCGGGUGAUGGAGAUCGUCGACGCCGACGAGAAAGUCCGGCACAGCAAAUUGGCCGAAUCGGUGGAGAAGGCCAUCGAGGAGAAGAAGUAUUUGGCGGGGGCCGACCCUUCGGCGGUGGAGAUGUGUUACCCCCCCAUCAUCCAGAGCGGGG